AAACAAAAAAGAGAAAUAAGAUUAUGGAGGCGGAGAGAGUGCAGUCCAUCGCCUCACAAUCCCAAAACGAGGACACAAUCCCGCCCCAAUUCAUCCGGUCCGCCGCCGAGCAGCCGGCGGCGACCACCGUGCGCGGCGUGGUGCUCCAGAUCCCGGUGAUCGACGUCGGCGGCGGCGGAGACGAGAGCGAGAUCGUUGGGUCGAUUAAGGCGGCGAGCGAGGACUGGGGAAUGUUCCAGGUGGUGAACCACGGCAUACCCGAUGACGUCAUCUCGCGGCUGCAAAACGCCGGCAGAGAAUUCUUCGAGCUGCCUGUCGAGGAGAAGGAAUUGAUAGCAAAAACGCCGUCGUCGGGGAUCGAAGGCUACGGGACGCGGCUGCAGAAGGAGGUCGACGGCAAGAAGGGGUGGGUCGACCACCUGUUUCAUAGGAUUUGGCCGGCGGCGGCGGUUAAGUACGAUUUCUGGCCGAGAAAUCCGCCGUGUUACAGACAAGCAACCAAAGACUAUGGGGAGAGGCUUAAAGAGGUAUCCGAAAAGCUAAUCAAGUGGCUCUCAAUUGGGCUUGGGUUGGACGAGUCGCGGCUCAAGGUGGCUAUGGGUGGUGACGAGACGGUUUUCUUAUUGAAGAUAAACUAUUACCCACCGUGCCCCCGCCCAGACCUUGCCCUAGGCGUGGUGGCCCACACCGACAUGUCGGCUCUAACAGUCCUUGUCCCGAACGAAAUCCAAGGCCUCCAGGUUUUCAGGGGUGGGGAGUGGUAUGAUGUUAGGUACAUAAAAAAUGCCCUUAUUAUACACAUUGGGGACCAAAUUGAGAUACUAAGCAACGGGAAGUACAAGGCCGUGUUUCAUCGCACGACGGUGAACAAGGAGAAUACGAGGAUGUCUUGGCCGGUGUUUAUCGAGCCGCCAGCCGAGCAUGAAAUCGGGCCUAUUCCGGAACUUGUGGAUGAGAAAAGCCCUCCAAAAUACAAGACUAAGAAGUAUAAGGAUUAUGCCUAUUGCAAGCUCAACAAGAUUCCACAAGUGCAGUACAUCGCCUCUCAAUUCCAAAACAAGGACACAAUCCCGCCGCAAUUCAUCCGGUCCGCCGCCGAGCAGCCAGCGGAGACCACCGUGCGUGGCGUGGUCCUCCAGAUCCCGGUGAUCGACGUCGGCGGCGGAGACGAGAGCGAGAUCGUGGGGUUGAUUAAGGCAGUGAGCGAGGAUUGGGGGAUGUUCCAGGUGGUCAACCACGGCAUACCUGAUGACGUCAUCUCGCGGCUGCAAAACGCCGGUCGAGAAUUCUUCGAGCUGCCGGCCGAGGAGAAGGAAUUGAUCGCCAAAACGCCGUCGUCGGGGAUCGAGGGCUACGGGACGCGGCUGCAGCAGGAGGUUGACGGCAAGAAGGGGUGGGUCGACCACCUGUUUCAUAACAUUUGGCCCCCGCCGGCGGUUAAUUACGAUUUCUGGCCGAGGAAUCCGCCGUGUUACAGGCAAGCAACCGAAGACUAUAGGGAAAGGCUUAGAGAGAUAUCUGAAAAGCUAAUCAAGUGGCUCUCGAUUGGGCUAGGGUUGGAUGAGCCGCGGCUCAAGGUGGCUAUGGGUGGCGAUGAGACGGUUUACUUGUUGAAGAUAAACUAUUACCCGCCGUGCCCCUGCCCAGACCUUGCCCUAGGCGUGGUGGCCCACAGUGACAUGUCGGCCCUAACAGUCCUUGUCCCGAACGAAAUUCAGGGCCUCCAAGUUUCUAGGGACGGGGAGUGGUAUGAUGUUAGUUACAUAAAAAGUGCCCUCAUUAUAGUCAUUGGGGACCAAAUGGAGAUACUAAGCAACGGGAAGUAUAAGGCCGUGUUUCAUCGCACGACGGUGAACAAGGAGAAUACAAGGAUGUCUUGGCCAGUGUUUAUCGAGCCGCCGGCCGAGCAUGAAAUCGGGCCUAUUCCAGAGCUUGUGGAUGAGAAAAGCCCACCAAAAUACAAGACUAUGAAGUUUAAGGAUUAUGUCUACCGCAAGCUCAACAAGAUUCCAAUGUGAUUAUUUAACGGAUGUUGCUUGGUUUUGUUCAUGUCUUUUGGAUGUUGUGAUAUUUACAUGUUUGCUAGGUUACUCCAAGGUCUACAUAAAAUAAACACUUGGAGGAGAUUAAUGUAAUUCCAACUAUAUAUUUUAUGUAAAACAACAGUUUUGUUUUUGACAAACAAUAGAACAAAUGAACAAUAAUGGUACAAGAGAAUAUAUUUGUAGCAAACAUUUGAAAGAAAC